AUGCUGAUAUCUAGUCAGUCACACACUCAUAUUACGAGUGCAUCACGACGCCUCUCUCUUACUACUGGUCAACUUUAUCUUCGUAGUGAGAGACGGUCAAACCAUGUCUGGGCUCAUACCAAUGCUCCUGUGAAGCAGAGAGUCCCUCGCUGUUCAUGGGACAGCCAUAUGCAUGUUGUGGAACCGGAACAGUUCCCAAUCUCCAAGACUGCUGCAUAUCAACCCUCAGCUCAUACCUUAGCUGAGGCUUUAGAAUUUGAAUCCACAGUGGGCGUGGAGAACCUUGUCUUUGUGCAACCCUCAAUCUAUGGAACAGACAACUCCUGUUUACUAGCCGCCCUGUCCAAACUUGGUCCGUCCCGUGGCCGUGGAGUAGUUGUCGUUGACCCUGCGACUAUCCAACAAAAUACACUGAAAGAGUGGCAUGCUCUCGGUGUGCGAGGCUUGCGGGUGAAUCUUCAAUCUGUCGGGAAGGUGAUGGAGAAAGCCGAGCUGGAAGAAACUCUACGUCAACAUGCAGAAAUUGCUCGGCCUCUGAACUGGAUCAUCGAAUUAUAUCUCCCACUCAAGCAGGUACCAAUGCUAGAAUCAAUCGUACCACAUCUUGAUGUGACUGUCUGCAUUGAUCACUUUGGGAGUCCGGAUCUAUCUUCCAUUCAAAAAACAGAAAGCACGCCUUUCGACCCAUACACGCUUCCCGGUUUCACUUCUUUAAUGUCAUUAAUACAGGGUGGAAAAACCUAUAUCAAAAUAUCUGCACCCUACCGAUUGACGAGUGACGGGAACAUGAAUGAACUAAAGGCGAUGGCUCGAGAAUUUCUGUCUGCAGCCCCUAAUCGAACCAUUUAUGCGACAGACUGGCCCCAUACCCGAUUUACUGGUGUCGAUAUCAAUCCCUUUACAGAAUGGUGUUUGGACCUUUGCGAUCACGAGUCCGGACUGGCAGAGAAGGUAUUUCGGAGGAACACAGAGGCAAUGCUGAGCGUGAACUUUGACUAG